AUGACAACCCGCUAUGGGGAACAUAUUGGUGUCCAAGCUCAAAUCCAGGGAACGCCCAUUGCCACUAUCCAGGACUGCAACUUUUCACCAAAAGCUGGCACCAGCAAGCUGCCGACAGAUGCAUCUCCUGACUCGAAAUGCCCCAUCUGCUUGGAUAGAUUUGACAACGUUGCAUAUCUGGACCGCUGCUUGCAUAGGUUCUGCUUCCGCUGUGUCCAGGAGUGGUCCAAAAACAAGGCAGAAUGUCCCCUCUGCAAGCAACCCUUCUUUUCCAUUUUCCACACAAUCCGCGCAGAAGAUGACUUUAAGGAGUAUAUCCUCAGCCCUUCAGAAAACAGCUCUUUUGCCAGCCCAGACGGACGGAGGUUCCGUUACCGCACCACCAUGACGGGGGAGCGCCGCACCGGCAGUUCCCCCUCCCGAAGGACACGGUCCCCUCCGGAUAAUGGGAUAUUGUUUGAAGGGCUGUCGAGUGAGCCAGUGCGGCAGAGGGACGGGGAGAUUCAGCAGAUGAUGCGGAGGCUGGCCUCGAGGAGGCAGGCGAGCGCGGAGGGCAGAGCCCUGCGGCAGAUCCAGGAGGAGGACAUGAUCAGCUUCCGCAGGGCUCUGUACCGCACCGGCGUGCGCAUCCGCAGCAUUCAGGACGGUGGUCGCUAUCGUGACAUCUCUGCUGAGUUUUUCCGCCGUAACCCUGCUUGCCUUCACAGGCUGGUUCCUUGGUUGAAGCGAGAGCUUACGGUCCUGUUUGGUGCCCAUGGAUCUCUGGUUAAUAUUGUGCAGCACAUUAUCAUGAGCAAUGUGACAAGGUAUGAUCUGGAAAGCCAGGCCUUUGCUGAUGAUUUGAAGCCUUUUUUGCUGAAUCGGACGGAACACUUCUUGCAUGAAUUCAUCAGUUUCGCACGUUGUCCUUUUAACUUGGAAGCGUAUGAUCAACAUGCCAAUUAUGACUGUCCUGCUCCAUCGUAUGAUGAAGGAAGCCACUCAGACUCGUCAAUUAUUACAAUAUCUCCAGAUGUGGCAUAUUCCCAAGGCCCAGAUAAUAGUUCCUCUGUGACUGAUCUUGGUCAGGCCCCCUGGGAUGAUGAAACACCAGGGCCUUCCUAUUCCAUUUCAGAAGAGGCUCGUGCAACAAUAGCUUCUCCUCUGGAGACAUCAGAAAGUUCUGAUGAGGACUCUGCUACGAAGAGUCAAAGAACCAAACUGCAAGCUCCUUCACAGGCUAAUGCUGACUCAAACGACAGUGACUCUUCCUCAGACAAUUGUGUUAUUGUUGGGUAUGUUAAACCAUUAGCUGAGAGGACACCAGAAGUGGUUGAACUGUCCUCGGACUCUGAGGAGUCCAUUGAGGAAGACAAAAGGGAAGAUGUGAAGAAACAGCAGCCAAUCCAGUGUCGCAGCUGGAGUGACAGUGAACCAAGCAGGAGUUUCUCCCCACGUUCCCCCACAUGCAAGGAAGAUGUAGGUAGCUGUAGAAGCUGCUUAUCUCCUGCAGUUGAGAAGACCGAGUCAAAAGAUGAUGAGAAGAGCAAGUGUAAGGUAAAAGAUCUGUCUCCACAAGAUGUGAGCUGGAGCCCUUCUUCGGGGAGUGACACAGUGUGUUCCCCUUGGAAUCACAGAUUGUCUAGAAAGCGGAAGACCAAGAGCCCACAGUCCUGUUCACGGAACAGCCAAGGCAGUCAUGGCCAUCGGUCUAGGAAGGAGCAUCGUAGCAAAAGCCAACUGAAAAGGAGACGAUCGAGAAGCAGAGAUAGCAGCAAACAUAGGAGCAAAAGAAGCAGCAAGAAGUCGAGGGCUCAUGACACCAGGUCCUCUCUAAAGAACCAGAGAGGCUCACUAAGUCAUGAGAGCACUCCGUCCAGAGAAUUGAGCAGAUCACGAUCACGCAGCAAAGGCCACAGCAAAAGGAGAUCAAGAAGCAGAGACAGUGAUCGUUAUUAUGUAAGAGACAGUUACCAAAGCAGAUACCAGUGGGGUUAUGCUUUCUGUAGUCGAAAGACAUUUGGAGAUGGCUUCGAAUCCUCCAGCAGGAGGAGGACUCAGUCUAGUACUCUCUAUUCAAGGCAAUCUGCUAGUCCAGAAUACAGAAUACGAUCGUUUAUCGAAAGAACUCGCCCACAUAGCCAGAAGGGGGUCCAUGAGAGACACUACUACUGCUAUGAAAGGUGCAGGUCAAGGAGUCGAUCAAGCAACAGGUCAAGGACACCCUCAGGAGGAACUGACAGAAUGAAAAGUGAAAAGCCUGGAGGAAAAAGGAAGUACAAAACUCGCCACCUGGAGAACACUUUCAUGGAGAACACAAGUCUAGAAAGAGAAAAUGACCCCAAGAAAACUUCCACAAAAUUCAGAGACUGCUGCAAAAAUGAAGAUAGCCUCUCAGACAAUCGAGCAAGCAGCGAGACAAAGCACAGGAAAAAGAAAAAAAAGACAAGGAGUCCAAGUGUAGAGAUAGUUUAUGAAGGAAAAGCAACAGACACAGCAAGGCAUCUUAAAAAGAAAAAGAAAAAGCAUAAGAAGAAACACCGGAAACACCACAUGAGUAAUUUGGCACAGUCUUCUCCGGUGGUGAUCACAAUUGAUAGUGACAGUAGCAAGGAGCCUGAAAGUACUGAAUGUGACAGCAGUGUUACUUGGACAGGCACAAGUCAGAUAAAUGAGGGGGGAAAUGAGUCCCCACCUUCUUCACUAGGGAAGACAGGAUGUGGGGAUGUUUACAGAGUUGGUGAGGAAACUGAGAUAGCAGCUAGGAAGAGCAGUGUUCCUACCAGCAGGGGAGACUUAGAUGGGGAUAUUAAAAAUGCUGCUGUCAAACCUGGAGAAGCAGCAGCUGAUCAGAGUCUUUCCAUGGCGGAUGCUGGCAGUAGCACCCCUCAAACAGAAACUGUCACCAGCCACAUUCCAGAAGCACCAGCAACUCCUUCCAGUCCACUGCCUUCCCCUAGGACUUCCUUCCUAGAGUGUCCAGAGAGACAACCGUUGAUACUCAGACUGCCAAAGAGAUUUGUCAGCAGAUCCUCCUGGUUUGAUUUUCCAGAAGAAAAAAUGUAG